AUGGCAGAUACUUUAUCAGAGCCUUUAAUUCCAGAAGAUUAUGAUUAUAAAACUCCAGAUCAUCUGAUCAUCUGGCUUGAUGCUUAUAUUGGUGAUCCGGAAAGAUAUCAUCAUUUAAAAAAAUCUUUCUCCAGUAAUAUUGAUCCACGAAAUCAAACUUGGACAAUGUUGAAUGAUCGAGAUUAUGACAAUCUUACCCGUACUCAUGAAGCGAUGCCAGUCAGUUUUGGUGGUAUACUUUGUUUACUAUUGGCAUUCACUGAUCCAAAUGCAUGUUAUGCAGCAUUUGAAAAAUACAAGGAUAAACGUAUUUUAUUUAUUACUUCUGGAUCUUUGGGAGAACAUAUAGUGCCAAGCAUCAUUGCAAAUUUUAGAGAAGUCUUCACAGAUCCAAUAGGCAAUGAACCAUAUAGUACAAUUUAUAUUUUCUGUGGCAAUAUUGCUUAUCACAAGAAUUGGGCAAUUCCAUAUGUGGAGUAUAUUCUAAUGUUUGAUCAUGAAGUAGAGUUAUUAACACGUAUGACAUGCGAUAUGGCUAAAUUUUAUUUCACAAAAGCUGGACGCUUAAAUGCACAUGGAGAUCUUGAAAAUGCGCUUCGAUUUUAUGGUUGGUCAAAAAGACUCUAUUUGCAAAAUGAGAAAAUUGGAGGAUCUUGUCGAAGUCGUAUUAAUGAAAUCGAUGAAAUGACAGCAAUUGUAGAACAGGCUUUACGAUCACGUAGAGUUUCUGCUAAUCAUGAUGCACAGAAUAGUGAUGAUGAUGAAAAAGGUUGUGAACCAUGCACAUAA